UUCAGAAUGCAUCUACAAAUCCCAGAUCCUCCCAAACUAUUGCUCACUGGGACCCCCAGAGAGAUCGGCCUCAGCCAUGGCCGACACCUCCGCUUGCAGAUCGAAGACCAGAUGUCCGUCUACGAUGAGAUGUUUCGCCAUUCCUGCAACAUCAACUGGGACGAAGCCCGCGAGGAUGCCGAAAAAUUCCGCGCCACAAUCGAACGACUCACCCCUCAUCUUCAUGAAGAAAUGCAGGGCAUUGCUGACGGGGCGGGGGUACAUAUCCUAGACAUUGUUACGCUCAACUGUCGUAGCGAGAUCACAUUUGGGAAGUUUACGGAUGGGUGCACGAGCCUCUCAUGGAAGAAAAGCGAUGGCUGCAGGAUCCUCGCCCAAAACUGGGAUUUCGCGCCGGCGGUGCAGAGGAAUAUUGCGUUUAUGGAGAUCCAGCAAGCCGGAAAACCGACUAUCUAUAUGGUCGGAGAGGCUGGGAUAGUGGGUAAAAUCGGCUUCAAUGACGCCUGUGUUGGAACAUGCCUCAAUGCUAUCCGGGCUCACCCUUGCAUCAGCUCAAAGCUACCAAUCCAUGUUGCCCUUCGUCUGUGCCUCGAGAGUACCUCUGUCGCUGAAGCAGUACGGACGCUAGAGUCUCUUGGAGGCGUUGGGUCCAGCCAGCACAUCUUGGUUUCUGAUAGUGAUGUCUCCCUUGGCCUCGAGCUCUCACCUCUAGGAAACAUAUAUCUCUCUGAAGACGAGUACGGCAUGGUCACUCACACCAACCAUUUUUUGGAAAACCACCUCGUCUAUGAACCGCCCUGGCUGUCAGGCUCGCCUAUCCGACUGGAACGCGUUCGGGAGUUGUCACGCGGCGUCAUCGACAGCGGCGUGCUUUCCGAAGACCGGUUAGUAUCGACCGUGCUGAGGGAGAAGGUAUUCUCCGACCUGUACAACUCCCCGCAGUCGAUAUGUGGACAGGAGGAUUUCACGCGUGAGCGAAUUUCGCGGAUAACUACCCUAUUCAAUAUUGUAAUGCGCCUGGACCCCAAGAAUCUUGGGGCGGAGGUUGUCGUCGGGAGGCCUGGUUCGGGAUUGGAAACGUCAGUCGUGAAUAUGCCGUGGAGAUGAUUGUUACACGUCCUCAAAGUCAGUGUAUCUGGGUCACAUGGGUUAGUCAGUUCUUCUAUACUUGGC